AUGAAGCCGCCACCAUCUGCCGAAGCUUAUCCCGCUGAACGGCCUCUGUCGAUUGAGAAAUUGCUCGAGAAUAAUAAGGAGUGGGCCGAAGCAAUAGCCCUCGAGCGCCCAACCUUCUUCACCGACCUCGCCCAACAACAAUCCCCCGAACUCCUCUGGAUCGGCUGCUCCGACUCGCGCGUGCCCGCCAACCAACUGCUCAAACUCCUCCCUGGCGACGUCUUCGUGCACCGCAACAUCGGCAACAUCCUCCACUCCUCCGACCUCAACGCACUCUCGGUCAUCCAGUACGCCGUCGACGUGCUGAAGGUAACGCAUAUCGUCGUGUGCGGGCAUUACGGGUGUGGGGGUGUAGCCGCGGCGUUAUCCCACACGCAGUUUGGGUUGGUCGACCACUGGAUCCAGGUCGUCAAGGACAUGUAUUCCGCCAACGAAUCCACCCUCCGCCAUCUCUCCAAAGAAGAUCGUUUAGAUCGGAUGGUGGAGAUGAACGUGGAACGGAGCGUGGAUGUAGUUGCGCAUUCGCCCGUGGUGCAGAAUGCGUGGGCGAGGGGGCAGAAGGUCGAGAUUCAUGGGUGGGUGUAUCGGUUGACGGAUGGGAGGUUGAGGGAUUUGGGGAUUAGGAGGGAGGGGAAGAGGGAUGUGGGAAGUGUGCAUCGGUUGAAUAAGAAGAAGGAGCCGUAG